UAGCACAUUGGUGGUCAUUUUAAUGUGUAUUAGAGAAGGUAUUUAAAUUGUGCAAUGUCUUUUUAGGAUACUGAUUGUAUUUUUGCCUGUUAAAAUUUUCGACACUUUGCUUGUACACUGUUAAACUGAUAAUAUAUCACACACUAACUGUUAAGAAGGUGAUUGAAGGCUAUCUUUGCUUAUCAGAAAAUGGAAAAUGGAACAAAUUUUUACUUCAUGUUAUUUGAAAAUCUUGGGUACAUAAGAUAUGCUUUCUUCAGUUUAGGGUUUAUUCUGUACUGUGCUAUCACACUAUUUAAUGCCAUUAUUAUGCUUGCAAUAUUUCUGGAAAGGACUUUACACCAGCCCAUGUACAUUCUGAUUUCAUGUUUGUCUGUCAACUCUGUGUUUGGAACUGCUGGCUUUUUCCCAAGAGUACUGACAGACUUGCUUUCUGAUACACACUCAAUCUCUCGUGAAGCAUGUAUCAUACAGUCUUAUGUCAUUUUCACGUAUGCAGCAAAUGAAAAUACAAUAUUAAUGUUAAUGGCAUUUGACAGAUUUGUUGCGAUAAGUAAACCUUUGCAGUAUCACAACAUCAUUACACCAAGAUUUCUAACUGUUUUAAUAUUUAUAAACGUGACUUAUCCAAUGAUUUAUCUUGGUAUUUCUGCUAUUUUUACUACCAGACUGACAUUGUGUGGUAACAAAUUGUUUAAGGUGUACUGCCACAACUUUGAAGUGGUUAAACUGUCUUGUACAAACAGUGCUGUUAAUAAUGUCAUGGGCUUUUUUUUAUUGAUCACAACUGUAAUCAUCCCAUUAAGUUUAAUAUUCUAUUCUUAUGUAAAAAUUCUUAUCAUUUGUCGAAGAAGCUCAGCGCAGUUCAAAAGCAAAGCGUAUCAAACUUGUAUUCCACACAUAGUGGUCCUUUUGAAUUUUUCAUUUGCCAUUAUUUCUGAGGUCACUUUGAGUCGGGUUGUGACUUUACAACUUCCUAUAUGGCUGUCAGUUUUACUUUCACUUCAAUUUCUUAUUAUACCACCUAUCCUGAACCCUCUUGUUUAUGCUUUAAACUUGCCCAAUAUUCGCAAAACAAUUAUCUGUCUUAUAAAUGGAUCCAGGUAAAUGAUCUAUCUAGUAUAAUAAAUUGCUAACGCUUCACAAUAAGGGUACAUGAAUAAUAAAUACCUGAAUUAAUACUUAUUUCAACAUGAACUAAUCAUGAACCGAUGAAGAGCUAUCCUUAACUACGAUUGGAGUCAUCAUAGAUUUAUGCAUGAAUAACAGCAGCCAUGUUAGUACGUUUGAUAGUUAAUGCAAUAAUUCAAAUUUAUAACUAAACCAAAUCAAUCAGCCUCUUUAAGAAGGAAUAAGAAGUACUCUGACUUUGAAACAAAUUUAAAUUUAAUGUUAUCAUAGUUUGAACUUUUGACAUUACUGGAUGGCACAGGAUUAGUUGAUCCUUCUCAUCAAAUGUAGAGAAUACUAAAUAAAAUAAUAACUGACCUUAAAAGGUAUUUAUUUGUUUUGUGGUGUUCUAUUUCCCUUCAAACUCACCCUACUACUAAUAAAUGAGAAAUAAAACAUUUGUGGAACAGUUCCCAAAGAAACGGCCAAACUGGAAUCAUGGUCAGAGAGUUUGCUGGGUAUCAGUAGAGUUCACUCUUCAUCCAGAUGCAGGCUGUGAUGAUACUAUACCUCAUUCUCACUGUAUUUGAUAGCAAGUUUAUGAUAAAUCAUGAGCUGGACUUGGCAAGCAUUUAACAGCGAAUUAAUUAUGAUUUGGCACCCUCAAGUAAAGUCAUGACAAAAUAAUACAUUAACAAGGCAUGAGCUGAUGUUAGUGUAUGGGUAGCUUAUUAUGAGUUAGUAUUGAUGUGCACUAAGAGUUCCAUUCUUAUUUUUUUACACCACCAGUACAAAAAACAAAACAAAGAUAAAGGU